CACACCGGCACCAUGAGUGGACUUCUCAAGAGGAAGUUUGAGGAGGUGGAUGAGGACCCGUGCUACUCCUCACCCUCUUCCCUCUCCUCUGCCUGCUCAGGCUGGGACUCGGAAGGGGAGAGCUGCUACUCCGACACUCUGGAUUCCACUCCCAGCAACCCCAGCUCCCCGUCAACAAAUUUCACCACAACAUCCAUCCUCAAGAAAUCCAAGAGGGCAAGGCGGGGCAAUGUGACGUUCGACCACGUGACUGUGUUCUCCUUCGCUCGGUGCCAGGGCUUCACCAGUGUUCCCAGUCGAGGAGGAUGUACUUUGGGCAUGGUGCAGCGUCAUAGCGCGCUCCACACAUAUACGCUCGCAGAGUUUGCUGUGGAGCAGCGGCUCCUGCGCAGAGAGAAGCUCCUCAACCGGCUCAGGGAAGAGAAGCUGGAAGCGCUUAAACAGAAGCUGACAAAGAAUGGAACCCAGGAAAGCGAGGAGGCGAAUCAGCUGACGCUGGACGAUAUCCCGGAGCAGGACGUUGACAUCAGUGGCGCCAACCUGGAGGAGGGCUCCUUUCUCCAGCCUUACCCAUCUAAACAGCGCUAUGCACUGCUCAAAGCAGCAGGUGUGAAGAAGAUUGACAAGGACGAGAAGAAGCAGCUGCAUGACUUGAGGAUUUCCAGGGAGAACUGUGGUUGCGACUGCCAGGGUUUCUGUGAGCCUGAGACAUGCAGCUGCAGCCUUGCUGGCAUAAAAUGUCAGAUGGACCAUUCCUCCUUCCCAUGUGGUUGCACCAAAGAUGGCUGCGGAAACACAGAGGGUCGCAUUGAGUUCAACUCCACCCGAGUACAGACCCAUUACAUUCACACGAUAAUGAAAUUGGAGCUGGAGAAGAGGUUGGAGGAGCAGUCCAGCACAGAGGAAGAGGAGGAGGAGAACACUACGGCGGCCUCUUCCCUACCAACGGUGCCCUCCUUCCCCUUUAGCUCCAAGCUGGCAACAGCUGGAGAGAACACCUGCAGCAGUGACAUGACAGACUUAUCGGACUCGUCUCAUCAGAGCGAGGACUCUGAGGCAGGCGAGAACCAGCAUCAAAGCCCACUGGACGUUGACGAGAAAGGCCUCAGCCGGAUAUUGUGUUUCAGCGACACGGAGAGUGGAGAGAGCGGGGAUAAGAACAGUAAAAAGAGUUGUUGCUCGCAUCAACCGCAAACCAAACAGCAGCCAUCCACAGAGGCGUUUAGCAGCUUUAGCAUGGUGGACUUUGCAGAUGAAAAUGACAAUAUAGACGCUGCACUGUUGGACUCUGAAGACAGUCUUACAGACAAUCGAGCUACAGCCAUUUCAGAACUUUUGGACGAGAACGCCAACCAGGGAAAUGCCCUAUUCCACAGUAGCAGUGUGCCACACACCCCAUCCCCCACCGUGGACCGCAUGGCAAGCUACAACAUGGACCUGAGCCUCUCAUCUGAGUCGGACCUGGAAUUCUUUGAUGGCUUCCCGUGUUUGGGGCCCAGCUCGCUUUACAACUCCCUCAAGGAAUAUGAGCACAUGGACAACUAUUUCCAGUUUCAGUUGCCUAGUUAUCCCAGCUUUCCUGCAGCGAGUGACCCCGGGACCUGCCUCCUGGAGUCUCUGAUCGGCCUUUCAGAAUCCGUCCCAGAACCCCCUGCUACAUUUACAGACAAUCAGCUGAUGGAGGAAGCCAUGAAGUUGUCUGUGAUGGAAUCUGUGAAAGUUUGACAAAACAUGUGAACGGUUUAAGAAACUAAGGGGUUUAGAAGGGGACUGAAAAACGCACAUAAGAUGUCAAACAUGUUGGAGGAAGCUGUGAUUUCUCUCUUGCCUAAUACGUGUUCAGAUUCCAGACUUGCCUUGAAAAUGUUAGCCAAGCAGUUCGGGAUUAUUGCUGUGAGAGAUGGCAGCUAGGGUUAAAAGUGAAAAGACAGGAGAUUAAUGUGACCAGGCCCACUGAAAGCAACAAUGACUCUCAAAUCCUAAGAAAGCUCUUUUAACCAAACCAAGAUCACCAACCCACAUGCUCGGACAGGAAUCAACCGUGGCCAGGUUAGGAAUCUCAACACAGCUGAAUGUGCACCUCAGGGAUAUUUUUCUAGCUUUCUAGCUUUUGGAGGCAAUGUGUGGUGACCAUUACUGUGAUUGCCUUCAUAUGA